UAAUCUAUUGUUCUUUCUCCCUUUCCCUCUACACAGGAAGCAGGAUGAUCUCAUAUCAAGACUAGAGAGGUUAGCUGGUGAGUGUGUCCAGAGUACUGGUAUAUUCCACAGUGGACAGGAGCCAUACUGUCACCAACUGAACCCUCACCAGGAUUAUUUUAAUUUAAAAGGUUAGGGUUAUCAUGAUGGGUUUGUCGGUUGGAGUCAAACUGGCAAUCAGCUGUAUCUAUUAGGACUACUGGAUGAACCACACCUUCCUUUUGACUGUGAUACCAUGAGACUGUUUGAGGAGGCAUAUGAGGACCUGGGGGAUAGUCAAGCUAUACAGAUACAAACUUAUCGUAAAGUGGCUCCAAUGAAGAAUCACGGACGAGACAUAUACACGAGCACUCUGAGGUACUAUAGGAACGCAUUCACUGACGCAGACAAGCAGAUGGCUAUUAACGUGUUCCUUGGAGUGUUUGUACCAAAAGAAGGAGAAGCCAAUAUGAAGAACCCACUCCUUCAGCAGUACCUCAGUUUUGAUGAAAUAUACAAAACAAACGAACUAACCGACUUCGAUAGACUCCUGAGCACAUCUGUUGUAAGGACUGGAGAUAAUGUUGUGUCCCUUGAUAGUGAAGGUGGUGCUAUUCAAGGUAAUCCUUUUGUAGUGAGAGACAAAAUGAAGAUGAAACUGGGCUCCAGUAGUUCCAAGAUGGCUGCUAAAAGAGGAUUCAGUGUUGGUAUACCACAGACUGAGAUAGCUACAUAUGUACUGCUCACAAUUUGACAGAUGAUUAUUUUAUUGUGUGUUAUAUAUGACUAUUUGAUUAUGUAUUUACCACUUUCUGUGGUGGUUGAAUAAUAAUAUUGAUA